AUGGAAAUUGUGAAAGUGAAUGCAGCUUUGCUGAGUAAUUACGAAGUGCUGAGCAUUUUGAGUGAUGUGAAUAACAAGGAUAACAAGAAAGAUCUAGAACCCAACGCGAGGACCAUUGUAUACGAAACAAGCCAGUAUCUAAAUCAGUUUGUAGCAUCCAAGCAAAGCGCACAAGUCAUCUCUGAUUUCGUAAAGGCAGUCCGGUCAUUCGGUCUUACAGAAGCCGAAACACUUCAAUUGCUUAACUUGCAUCCAACUUCAGCGGUCGAAAUUCAACUGAUCGUUGAGGAAAGCGAAGAGCGGUUAACUGAAGAACAAGUUGACGCUUUGCUCGAGAUAAUCGAGAAAACUCUUCCUGGCAAAGAAUAG